AUGGACCGUAGUUUAAUAGUCUCAAUAUUGGUGUUUUCCGUCUUUGGCGGUGUAACAGGUUUAGAAUGUUACAGUUGUGAUGAUGUUCUACAGCCUUCUCUGUGUAAUGUAUCACAAGUAUGUUCCCAGCCAGGUCAGGUAUGUAUACAAGCAGAAAAUGUGAAUGACAAUUUCCAGUUUUCCUACAAGUUAGGCUGUGGUGGAAUUCAGUACUGUCAUGAUGGGAACAAGAGAAACUUACGGCAUUUUUGCUGUUCUGCCGAUUUUUGCAACAAAGAUAUUUCAAGUUCUACGAUCCAAUCAACAACAAGUGUAUCUCAUACAACAAGUCGUACAACUCCUACAAUAAGUCGUACAACUCCUACAACAAGUCGUACAACUCCUACAACAAGGCGUACAACUCCUACAACAAGUCGUACAACUCCUACAACAAGGCGUACAACUCCUACAACAAGUCGUACAACUAACACAACACUGACGUCACAACAAACAAAACCAACACAUGAAACUGUUGCUCCGACACAAUUUGAACAUAAUUGCAGUGGUCAUGGUUAUUAUCGAUGGAAUCACAAAUGCUAUUAUUUGACUUCACAUUUAACAGCGUGGUAUAGAACCAGACAUGGGGACAAAGUUGAUCCGUGUGAAGAACACCAUAUGCAUAUGGCUAUCUUAAGUUCCUACAAAGAACAUAUAGCCCUUGUUAAUUUCAUUCGGAAAAUCUACCAAUACAAUGAUGCGGUUUGGCUUGGUGGGUCUUAUUCCGACAAUCAUGAUGAAUGGCGUUGGAUUGCCGGGAAACACAUAAAUAGUCACGACACACUUUGGGCAUCUCAUUGGGAAACGCAGGAACAUGAAUGUUUGGCACUUGUUGGCGACAAAUGGAGAAGUCGUCAUUGUAGUCAUAACUACAAGCACCUAUGUGAAACAUGGAAUCAUUGAUUAAAGACAGUACAAACAUGUUUAUUUCUAUUUACAUUUGUGAUUUUGUUUUAAAUGGUACUCGGUGCUGUCAUUUCUGUAAUUGAAUUCUGGUAUUAGUUAUUUGUUGUAUUGUUCCCAAAAUAAACAAUCAUUUUUUUUUCAAAAGCAAAUAUUCAAUGCGCAACUUUAUUUUACUUAAGUUUAAAGUAGAUUUGAAUCAUCAACUGAAAAGCUAAUUUGACUUUGAACUUGGUAAUAUUAUUGUUCAGCAAAACGUAUUAAACCAUUUUCCUGUA